UUUAAGAGCAGAGAACUGUGGCACAACUUCCCCUUUGUGUGCUUUGUGCUGCCCUGCAUGGGAGACCUCCAAGCCUGGGCUCAGCCCUCACCCCCAGAAAUUGCAUCCUUACUGCUGGGACAAGGUCUUGGAAGAGCUUCUGGAGAGUUACUGAAGGAGAGAAUAUUUACCAGAAGUGAUUAAAGACAAUGGAUCCAGACUUUUUAAAUGCAUUUGCACAGCCUUCUACACUUGAUCGAUUCCUAACUGAAGAUGUCAUUGCUAAAGGCGAGAAGAGGAAACUUAUAAAACCAACCUCAAGCAACAACCCCAAACUGGAAGAAUUGAAACUGUUCUUGACUGAGUGGAUUAACAGAACUCUGAAAGAGGAACACAUAGUAGUUAAAAGUCUGGAAGAAGAUCUGUAUGAUGGGCUGGUACUUCAUCAUCUCCUGGAAAACUUAGGAUCUCUCCAGCUGGAUGUUGAGAAGAUUGCAUUAACAGAAAAAAAACAGCGAAAGAAACUCUCAGUGAUUCUGGAAGUCGUGGCCAAGUGUUUGCAACUGGAAGAAAGUCAGCUGAAAUGGAGUGUGGAAUCUAUCUUGACAAAGGAUUUACUGAGCACACUGCAUCUGCUUGUUGCAAUAGCAAAACACUUUGAACCCACCCUGGCUCUGCCUCCAAAUGUUCAAGUGGAGACAAUCACCAUUGAGUCCAUCUCUGGAGGAUUAAAGACAUCAAAUGCGGUGGAAUAUAUCACACAAAACAAAGAGAAUAUAGAAGCGCAGUCAAAAGAUGAUGCCUUUGAUGAAUUAUUUAGCUGUGAUCCAGAUAAACUGGAUGCUGUAAAAAAGGCACUUUUGGAAUUUGUUGACCAGCAUGUUGGAAAAUUAGGAUUAAAUGUGAAAGACAUCGCAUCUCAGUUUUCAGAUGGGGUUGUCUUACUUCUCCUAAUUGGACAGCUAGAGGGCUACUUUCUGAAUUUAAGGAAUUUCUUCCUGACUCCGGCCAGCACCAUGGAAAUGCUCCACAAUGUUAACCUGGCACUGGAGUUGCUAGCAGAGGGAGGGCUUCUGAAUUUUCCUGUGAACUCUGAAGAUAUUGUGAACGGAGAUACGAAGGCUAUAAUGCGAGUUCUGUAUUGCUUGUAUUCCAAAUACAGAACCAAAGAAGCAUGAAGAACAAGGCCAAGAGCUUGAGCUGCCCUUUUU